AUGCAAGCCCCCUUCAAGGGGCGCUGCUACAACUGCAAUGAGGAGGGGUACAUGGCUGCCAAGUGCCCCAACAAGAAGAAAGAUACAACGCAUGCGGCAGCCGCGAAUGUAGCUGAAGGAGACGGGAAGGGUGUGGCGCUCACCGUCGCAUGUUCGGCUGCAAAGUUGCUGGCCGACGACAAGGACUUGUGGUUCCUUGACUCAGGACGCUCCCAACACAUGACCGGCCGCAAGGAUUGGUUCACGGUGAUCCGCGACCCAUCUGCAACGAAAUCAGUCAAAGGGUUUGAUGGUUCUAUGCACGAAGUUGCCGGUGUUGGAAUGACGGCCAACUUGGUCUCCUCUGGGCAGCUCUUGGACAAGGGAGCAAAGCUGCAAACUGAGGAAGGUGUCACUCGCAUCAUCGCAUCAGAAGGUCAAGUGGUUGCAACGGCACGAUACCGCCAUCGCCUUCACUGCCUUGACCUGAAACCGGGGCCAGCAAGGAACGGUGCAACGGCUGCAGCGGCAUGCAACGGCACGGCGGCUGCAGCGGCAUGCACCAACAUGGUGGGUGGAGUGGCGAGCAACAGCACAGGGGCUGCAGCGGCAUGCAACGGCACGGCGACUGCAGCAACAUGCAAUGGCAGGGCGGCUGCGGCGGCAUGCAACGGCAGGGUGGCUGCGGCGGCAUGCAACAGCACGGUGGCUGUAGCAAUAUGCAACAAUACGGCGGCAUGCAAUGGCAUGGCGGCUGAGGUGGCAUGCAAUGGUAUGCCUAAAACAUUUUCUGAGGUGGUGUUAAGCGCGCCGGAAGAGAAUGACAAAGCGGCCAACCUCACAACAUAUGUAGUGGGGACCGAGGCGAUGCUCAACCUGCGGCACACUCACCUUGAGAAUGACCAUGCUGGUGUGGCGCAGUGGACAGCCACAAACUGUGGCAUGCUAGGCAUGGACCUAGAGAAAGGAGGGGAGGACACGUCGAGCGCCUCCUCCCAAGAAGCCAAACUCACUCGUCAAACGCUUCCGCUGCCUGACGAGCGAGAGGGGGAGGUUCUUGGGAUGGUCCAUGGCCCUGAGCAGAACCAGCCGCCGUCACGUAUCGUCAUCAUAAUCUCAGUGCCGUCCGUGCAAGGGGGCAAACAACCGUUUGAUCGUUCGGUUGACCAUGUAGGCAGCAACGCAACCAUGGCUCCGCCAGCUCUCUGUCCAUCCUUAGCUGCUGGCUUGGCAUCUGUGGGACCACAGGCUGGUCCCUCUGCGGAUGGACGUCGUGUGGCUGAUGAAGACAAGGAAGGAGAGGCAACGGACCUGAAAUCGGCGGCAACCCAUGGGAAGGACCCCAUACCCACGGUUCCGCCCCUCCAGCCCACUCCCCCACCCCCAUGUCAUUCUAGCAGGUCCAACAAGGGUAUGCCACCUGUUCGGCUUCCCACAUCCACCAUGACAGCCUUGGAUGCGGUUGAUGGCAACAACAUGUAUGGCAUUGCAUUCCUUGCUGGAGGUGCUUAUGGCACGGACAUCUACUAUGAUGUGGAGUACUUGGAUGAGGCUGAUGAGGAGGAAGGGGGAUUGAGGAGCAUCAUCAUCAACCUCGAGGUAACCUUGACCGGACCUGAAGGCAAGGUGGUGGACAAAGGUCUCCUCGUGGUGGACUACAUGUCAUCCACGGAAGGCUAUCUUGGUCUGCAGAUUGUGUGCGACCACCCCAACAAGACGCUCCUCCUGCACCAGAAUGCAUGUGGCGAAGGUGCAGCAGCGGUUCUUCAAGGGGGCGCCACUGAAGAAGCAGCCGAUCACCCCUCUCUCCUCUACCAGCUUUGUCAUGGAGGAUGCUGA